AUGGCCAAAAUGACCAACCAAUCCGAUUCCUUCACGGUGAUCCCUGUCCUGGACUAUUCGCUGUCGAUGUCCAGCAAAUCAGCCUUCCUGGCCGACCUCCGCUACGCGCUGGUCAACGUGGGGUUCUUUUAUCUCGUGAACGCUCCCAUCAAACCGCAAAUCAGACAAGACCUCGUGAAAAAGUGCAGGGCAAUCUUUGACCUUCCUCUGGAGAAGAAGCUCGAGAUCGAAAUGGUUAACAGCAAGCACUUUCUCGGCUACUCUCGACUUGGGGCCGAAAUCACUGCACGGAAGCAGGACUACCGAGAACAGUUCGAUUUUGCGACGGAGUUACCUGCUCCUGCACCGGACGAGCCCCUAUAUAGGAACAUUAGGGGCCCCAACCAGUGGCCCGAUGAGAAUGCAAUCCCAGGCUUCCGCCAAUCCGUCGAAGCAUACCUGGCGGAACUGAGCCCGGUGGCGGAGAAUUUCCAGGUCCUCAUCGCCGAGGCCCUGGAUCUGCCCCCAAACGCGCUGAAACAAUUCUUUGAUAAGCCGGUGCAGCAGAAGAUGAAACUAAUCAAAUACCCUCCGCCACCCAGCGACGCCGAAUCCCAAGGUGUUGGACCCCAUAAAGACUCGGAGUUCUUGACAUUCCUCCUGCAAGCUACUCCGCAUCACGGACUCGAAGUGCAGAAUAAAUCCGGGGUUUGGAUCUCGGCUCCACCAAUCGAGGGGUCGCUGGUCGUUAAUAUCGGGCGCGCCUUGGAAGCAAUCACCGGUGGUGUGUGUACGGCAACGACACACCGCGUGAGUCUUGCGCCAUCGAAUUAUGUCGAUGCGGAGGGGACGCCGCUGGGGCCCCGGUUCUCAAUACCGGUCUUUCAGGGGAUGAGUCUGGAUCUGUCGGCUGAGGAUAUCUCGUUGGAGUUUCCGGACCAUAUCAAGAUGUUGGCUGGCGAUGAGAAGGCACGGUCGGAUGCUGAGGCUACCUUUAAUAAGAUAUUUCGCGGCCGCACUGGCGAAGGAACGCUCAUCCACCGGAUCAUCAGUCACCAGGAUGUCGGCCGGAGAUGGUACCCUGAGCUGCUUGCGCGAGCGCUGGGGGAGUAUGAGAAACAGGGUCGGGGCCUUAAUUCUUCACAGUGA